AUGGCACCUCAAUCUCGACGUGUAAGAUCUCAGAAGAAGCGAAGGGAAUUGGAAAAGACUGAGAAGGAAAAGGAGAACGAAGAAAUAUUGGAAUACCAAGAUGAAGAAAUAAUAUUCAACGAUCAGACGAAUCAGCUUGUACAAUUUCUCCAAGACAAUGAUACGAACGGAGAUGCAGAUGAAGAUGAGGUUAUCAUGUGCCAAAGCCUCUGGCCAAUAGCAGCACCAAAAGAAGAAACUGAAACUUCUGGACACCGAAGAAAGACGCCUGGUGGUGAGAUCCUCAAAGGCUAUCGAUUGCCAGUUAUCAACCCUCUGAACAAAUCAGGAAAACUCGUCAGCCGCCCAAUUUCUAAAAGCAGCCGAUUCAACCACCGGAAAACUAAGGAGAAGGCAGAAGGAUUAAAUAAUCAAAUAAUGUCAAACUUCUUGGCUGCUGGAAAGAAGACUCUGGAAAAACACGAUAGCGAUAAGAUUGAAGAACUCGUCGAAUCAGAUGGCGCAAUUGAAGAACUUGCGGAUCCAGAUGGCGAGAUUGAAGAGAUUUCCAACCUAAACAUCACCCUUCAACCAAGCCCUCACGAUUUGUUACAAAGGGAACAGCGAAUUUAUCAGAACGUCAAUCAAUACCUGAACAAGCCGACCAAACCUGCUCCAGCCUCAAACCGGAAUCAACUUGACAAGGAAUGUAAAGCUCUUAAUCAUACAAUAAAAUAUCUAUAUGACUUUUAUAAACAGAAAUGUAAGAAGGAUCCAAAAUUUGUGUUCCCCACCAGUCAGCUGGAAGAGCUUCAAGAGUUCAACAAUCGUCGCCUAAAAUUGGUCUCGGAAAACCAUCGGCCAGCUCCAAACAUGCAAGCCUCUAUUUUAACAGCUCAAGCUUCAAACCUGCGACUUCCUCCAGAAAAACAAGGCAACACUUCGAGUGGAAUCAGUCGAGCAAAAAGAAUACGCAAGCAAGCCCGACAUGUCUUGCUACACAAAGAGCUCCACUUCCCACAACCUGGGAAGGGAGCGAGUCAUUCUUCGCUUCUAGACCGCAAGGACAUCUACUCCUCAGUUUUCCAGUGGUCCUCACAACAGAAAGCCGGCGAGGUCUCUCCUCGUGCAUUUUGUCUUCAAGUCAACAAUGAGAUUUUACCAAAGCUUGGUAUUGAUCAAUCCAUAUCGGAAGUAACUGCCACUAGCUGGAUGUUGAAGCUUGGAUUUCGGCCUCAGACCUACUCUAAGUGUAUCUACUUUGAUGGUCAUGAAAGACCUGGCGUGGUCGCAUCUCAAGUCAAGUACCUCAAGGAUGUUUCUGAACUUCGAAAACACUCGCAAACAUACGGUGGUGACAAUCUUGAAGUUCCUAUGCUGAUCGACCCAAGCCUUCUUGAAGACCGAAGGCAAACUGUUUUUAUAUACCAAGAUGAAUCGACUGUCCACGCAAAGGAGAGACCUAAAUCAACAUGGCUUUUACCAGGGUGUCAAGACUUCCGCUCAAAGAACUUAGGAUGGCUUAUCCACAUCUUCGACUUUAUUCUAGAGACUACGGGACGCUUGGAGUUAUCGGAAACUCAGUUUCAUACCAUCACGCAAGCCCAGUCAACCCAAGUCAAGCCAAGAAGUCGGGAUGCUGCUACUGUUAUAUACCCUGGAUCAAAGGGUGAUGCCUGGUGGGACAUGAAUCAGCUGUGCGAUCAAGUCACCAAAAAGGCAUUGCCAAUCUUCGAGGCUCUUCAUCCUGGAUGUCAGGCAGUGUUUGUGUUCGAUUGCUCGUCUGCCCAUGGUGCAUAUUCACCAUCGGCCCUUCAAGCCCAGAACAUGAACUUGUCCUCGGGAGGAAAGCAAGGCUUGUUACGAGACACUGUCAUUCCAUCCGAUGAUCCAAACAUACCCAUCGAGCUCCGUGGAACACCACAAACAAUGGUUUACCCAAGAGAUCCAAACAAUCCUUCCGCUCAACCGGUAGCUAAAGGCAUCCAAGUUGUCCUUCAAGAGCGGGGACUUUGGGAUUUCUAUUCAAAGCAAAGAUCUGAUGCGAAAUUACCACCUCUCAAUCUCAAGUGCGCUACCUGCCGACUGUCUGCGCAAAAGAGAGACGCUGCAAAGAGAUCAGCAGUUCUUAUCAGUGCUGCCCUUGCCGAAGGUUACUUCUUAACUGAAGACCAAGCAUGCAGCUUGGAAUCUCCUGAAAACCUCGCACCAGCCAAUAAUCAAGGACCUCAAGUCCCGGACGAUACAUCAACUACCUGUUGCUGGUCCAAGAUCAUGUCGCUUCAAUCGGACUUUGUUAAUGAGAAACCUCUUCUCCAGACCAUCAUUGAAGACGCUGGUCACAUAUGCCUCUUCCUGCCAAAGUUCCAUUGCGAGCUAAAUCCAAUUGAGCUCUUCUGGUCCUACAUCAAACAAGCCUUCAGAUCGCAAAGCCACAAAUGCCGAACUUUUGCUGAGGCCAAGGAUCUGUUUGAAGACUGUCGCAAACAAUGUCCCCUGUCAACAAUUCGAAAGUACUUUCGUCGAAUUGAUCGUCAGCUUUCUGCGUACGAGCAAGGUCUUACAGGUACUCAGGCGGAAAAGAUGAUGAAAAAGUACAGCUCACAUCGGCGGAUCCCAAAGAACGCCAUGAUGAGCUUAGAUGUCAUCAACAGUUGA